ACUCGAUUACGGUCGAGGCCACGUUUCUCCAUUGUGGGAGGCUUGCAGACAACCAUGUUGAAGGGUCAGAAGUCCGAGAGUGUAUACCAAAAGCCUAGCCGUACUGUCAAGGUUUUAACCAUUGUACUCCUUUGCUUGCUUGUCGGUACCUUUAUCCGCUUACGUGAGCGCAUCCUCUAUCCCUACAUCCCAGCUGAUGUGCCACAGGACGAGCUUGACCGCAUGAACUACGUCACCUACAAGCGCCCGUUUACAAAGGAGGAGAUCCUCACAGCUGCACGUGCGAGCUCCUUGGAGUAUGUCGCAGACUCCCAAGGCAUUGCUGUUGUUAUGCUCAACUGGAAGCGACUGGACAACCUCAAGCUGAUCAUGCAGGAGCUGCAUGCCGACGGAAUCUACAGCGAGUUUGUGGUGUGGAACAACAACCCGGAUACUGUGCUCAACGAGGAGCUCAUCUUUGGUGAGCGGAUCCCGGAGCGGGUUGUUGUGGUCAACUCGGUGGACAACCUCAAGGACUUUGGCAAGUACCUCGGCUGCCAGCGGGCAGUGGCGGAGAUCUGCUACAUGCAGGACGACGACUGGGACUCGUCGGGCUACCGGGAGAGCCUUCUGCACUCGUUCCUCGCCCGGCCCGGUACCGAGCACGGUGUGACCAACAAGCACACCUCGAUCCAGAACUGGGCAUGGACGUGCUACAACGCCGCUGCCAGGAUCCACGCUGGAUUCAUGUGGGGUGGGUGUGGCUCGGUCUUCUCGCGCGACGCUGCUGUCCGGCACAUCGGCCUCAUCCACUCGCUGCUCCCGGUCGAGUUCAAGUACAUCUCGGACUUUUUCUUCCCCAUUUGGCACAACGAGCCGCCCGUCGUCUACACCGUCGACAUCAAGCAGGGCGAGCUCGACACCAACGACGCCAUUUCGGAAGAGACCGGCUUUGGCAAGUUUAUGCACGAGGCCGGUGUCCUCGCCAUGGACCGGCUCUGGACGGCCGACGAGAGCAUCUUCCGCAACCGCAAGCGCCAGCUCCGCCACAUCACCCACGCCAUCCGCGCCGACGACGGCGGCCUCUUCCUCACCAACACGGGCGUCCAGCGUGACUUUGAGCGUGUUUCGUGCACCCUCGAGGACGACCCCGCCCGGUUCACCUUUGAUCGCACCCUCUGCCGCACUUCUAACCGCCUCUGUGGCAUCCAUCACCAAUACCUCAACCACAUGCCGCCUUUUGCCAUCGACGACGACCCGAACACCUGCUACGAGGGUGCCGUCCUCCCGGGCCGCCCGGCCUUCUUUGGCUACGACCUCCUCACCCCGCACACCGACGUCAUCAUUUCGGCAAAGAUGGGCGGCUACGGCUACGGUGCCGUCCACGCCCUCUCCCCCAUCGGCAAUGCACUCAACGUCUCCAUCUCGCUCGACGCACAGGUCUGGCACUCGCUGGUAACCCCGGCACUCCGCGUGAGGGAGACCUCCGACGGCCUGCUCACCUUUACGCUCGACUCCAGUGCCAUGGCUGGUGAGACCCAGGCCUUCCGCGCCUUUAUCGUCACCCUCCCGCCCGCCGAAGACAUGUACAUGCUGCAGGUCUGCCACCUGAACGUCGUCGGCAACAAGGUCCGGUCAUGAUCCACACCUUGUUGUCACGCGUCUGUCGCUCCCCUGUGGGCAUGUUGUCGCUGUAAUGGCAAUGCCCGUGGCUUGGAGUACUCGCACCCAGCUCGGCCCUGGCCAGGUCCGUCUCGUCACACACGCUCUUUCUCCUCUGGCUCUCCCCUUUCGAGGAGAUCCUCAUCAGUACCGCUCACCCCUUGAAUGUAUUCAUCUCCAUC